GCACUCAGUAUGCCGGAGUCGGUCGCGCGGUACGGUUGUUGUUGCUGGCGUUGCUCGCCUCUAAUAAGCUCGCGCUCUUUCCAAAUAGCUAAAUUAAAACAGUGAAUCCUCAACUGGAGUAAUAAGUGCUGAUUUUAAUUAACCAUCAAGGAGUCUACUAAUUUCCGUGGGUUAUUAAUUAAAAAUACCAGUAUUUUUUCAUUCCCUUUGUUCGAGUCAUUCCGGGUAUCGUAAAUGGCGUCAGUGAAAAAUAAAAUUAAAAUCGUUGCAUCACCUGUGUGCGAAUAAUCCAAGUGACCACAGCCCCUCAGGCCUUUUGUUUUGUUUAUUUUUAUUUGAGUUUCUGUGGGAAUUGAAAUCGGUGCGCGUGUGUUGUGAUUGUGUCUGGUGUGAACUGAAGCUGUAUUAAUCCGAAUUGUUGAAAAUCCAUACCCAGGAUCUCUCUGUAUUAUCAUUUUAUCGAUUGUGAUUAUUUUCCGAUUUUCAAACGGAAUUUAUAAGUGAUAGUGUGCAUAAAUCCCUGGCCUGGAGUCAUUGCUGUGCCUCUGGAUGAAGCGGGAGAAUCACCAUUUACGGCUAAGAUCGAGUAUAAAGCUGUACAUCUGGUGAAUUGUACCCAGUGGAUAUAUCAGUCGUCAGUGUGUGUAUCACCAUGUGGCAUUAAGAGAAGGGAAACGCUCAGUAACCGCACAUUACUCGGCCGGGUAAAUUCCAUAGUUACAUGCACACCACCCCUACUGCUACCAGAGUGUCUGGGUAAAUUGGAUUUUGGGUGGAGCCGAUGAAGCGGAAGAUUCCAGCAAACCGGAGAACCGGAGCUUUCCAGACUUGAGUUUUCCUCGAGGCUGUUGGUUGACUGUUUUGCUGUACCAUCGACAAGUGAGAGAUCAACCAGAACUGCAAACGUCACCGCCAUUCGUAUCUCCACUGCUGAAUGUGGGAGCGGGAUUUGUCGUUGCCAUUGAGAGGAGUAAGACGGUGUUUCGUAUCGUAAUUAUCCUGGGGACGAAGUCCGAUGCUGGAGGGAUGCUUUAAUGUACUCCCGGACCGAAAACCCGUUUCCAACCUAUCCCUCCACCAAAGACGCAGACACUUCGCUCAACUAGAAUCAUGGGACGUCUGGCGGCUCCUCUUCUGUGCUUGGGCCUAAUCUUCAUGAUGACCAACGGUCAGGAAUUUCCUGAUUGCAAUGCCCCCUGCAAAUGUAAAUGGGUCUCCGGAAAGAAGACCGCGGACUGCGUGCGUUCCAAUUUCACACACAUUCCUAGCUACCUGUCCUCAGAGAUUCAGAAUCUCGAUUUGACAGGCAAUCGCAUAAGUCACUUAACGGCUGAUGCAUUCAGUGGAGUAGGUCUUGUAAACCUUCACAAACUGAUAAUGCGUGAGUGUGGUGUUCGAGCAAUCGACGUUGCCGCCUUCAAUGGUCUAAAAAUUGUAAUCGAACUAGACCUCUCGGACAAUCACCUGAAGACCCUCGUCCCAGGUACCUUCGCGGAGACCCAGCGUCUGCGUGUCCUCUUGCUGAAUCACAAUCAGCUAGAGAGUUUGGAGAACGGGCUGUUCCACGACAUGCAGUUCCUCCAGAAAAUUGAGCUGUCCAACAACAGACUGGAAAGGAUUUCGGAAAAGACCUUUAAGAAUCUGCCGGGUUUGCACAGUCUCGCUCUCGAUGGCAACAACUUGACAACCGUCAAAUUAGCAACUUUCGAGAAUCUUCCGAAACUGGGUAGUCUUGAAUUGCAGAACAACCACUGGAACUGCAAUUGCCACCUGAAGAGAUUCCGCAAUUGGACAAUCGAACGAAAACUUUACACCGAACCAACAAAAUGCAGUCAGCCUUCAACACUAGCUGGAAAAAUGUGGAACGAGGUGGACAGCGAUGAAUUCGCUUGCCGGCCAAAAAUCAUCUCCAUAGGCCCCUACAAUCAAUUCGACACGAUAACCGGUGAGACUCUGACAAUGUGGUGUCGAGCAGUUGGCAUACCACGUCCUCAAUUAUCGUGGGUGUAUCGUUCUCGUGUCAUUAGCAAUUCAACAAAACGACACACGAUAGAUCGCGGUUAUUUAUUGACCGAACGCCACGAAUGGCUUAACUUAACAAUACCAAAUGUCCUGAUCGCUGACAAGGGUGACUACGUAUGCAUUGCCAAGAGCCCUGGUGGCAGUGUUGAAAGAAACAUAACUAUUGUAGUAGCCAGUGGGGCUGAUGGUAGUAGAAUAGGACCAAUAAGUUUGUCCCUUGCACUUGGCCUUGGUGUGAUAUUACUACUUCUACUGCUGUUCCUCGUCACACUCUGUGCAUGGUAUUGCAGAAGAAAACGUAUACGACAUGAUGAGAAGAAUAGCGCUGAUGUUACAUCGUUAGAGCAUCAUGGACUGGGUGAACAGGAGAAGUCACUCAUUACAGCAAUUAAUCCAGUCGUUAAACCACCACGGAGAUACGAAGCACCCUCAGUAACGUCCCAUGGUACUGAGAUGACGGAGCUCAAUCGCACACUUCUCGACAACGACUCUGUCUUCGCUGACAACCCUGGGAGUGUAAUUGGUGUCGUGGGUGGGAUGAUUGAGGAGGACCAGGGUCGUUCAACACCGGAUCGGGACAAUCUGACCCGUGGUAACAGCUACCGUCAGUAUCCACCAGAUCUGUUGGCAUUCUCAGGUGGUCGUGGCUCAUCACCUACGAGCCAAUCAUCAACAGCCCAAGAAACACCGCGUCACGGCAAUCAGUACGGUUCACCAUCGUCGGGCCAAUAUCCAGCAUCAUUCAAGACACUCCCUCACAAUCGAAGUGGCAGUGGUUCCUACAGCUCACCGAUACCGGUUUUACCCCGUCACGGUUAUGUGACAAUACCAAGAAGACCAAGGGCACCGAGCUGGAGCAGUGGACCGCCAACAUCACCAGUAGGUAUUCUCGAUGGUGGUGUUGAGCCCGUUUACGAUAACCUUGGAAGACGAACGACUGCCGAUGGCAGCUCGGUUAUCUCGUUGAACAAGAGCCCUGAACCUGGUGCAUCAAUGAGAAUGAGACCAUUACCGAUGACACCAACGAAUCUGUACAAUUCCAUACAGCGGAGUACACCGAAUAUAUUGGCUGGCAGCCCACUGGACAGAUCAGCACCUGAGGGAGCUGCCGAGUGGUCGACGAAGAUGGAUGAGGGUGACAGCAGGGCCAGUGAUAAUGCAAGCACACUAGGGAGGAAGAUACCACCGAGGCCACCACCAAAACCCAAGAAAAAAUCAGCCAAUGGACCACUGUACGAGGACGAAGGCGAGGAUGGCACUGAAGUUUGAUUACCUUUUCGGAGAAAUGGGAGAAAUAGUGCCAUUGAACAAACCGGUUUGUGCCUUCGGAGGAUUAGUGGAUGACAGCUGAUGGGCUUCCAGUGGAACGGGUUCGGUGGAGUGAUUGAAAAAUUAUUGAAGAUGAUUGGAGACAAUUAAUUCAGUUGAAAUCGUUUAGGGGAAUGGGUCGACAACUGCUUACUCAUGUGUUCUUCCUCGAUUAAUUUUUUUACUCUUUAUUUCAAUUCUUUAUUGUGAUUAGAUUUAUUUAGUGGUGGAGAAUCGGGGACCAUUGGCUCCGGGAAAUUUUAGAUGGAGAAUUACUUUAUUUACGAGAGGUCUAGAUCCGUGGGUGCAUGUGAUGAAUGCAUAAUUGACAGAAAUGUGGGGGAACUACGUUUUACAAAUUUAGAACGAUUUAAUGAGUCUGGAUGAAUUGAUUUAUACUUUGUUUUCAUGCUUAGGAGGCAUAAAUCAAUGUCACAUUGGGGGAAUUUUUGAAGGGAUUGAUCGAAUUUGAGUGGAAUUGCGUGUCUAUUGUUGGCAAGCUGUUGGAGGAUCAAUAGUGGUCAGGGUUGGUGAAGAAAAAAUUUGCAUUACAAAUACGGAAAUUAUUUUCAAGCAGCUACGUUCCAUUUUUCAGUUAAUUAUGAAUGCAUAUCUGCUUCAUAAUAAACAGAUAUGACGGAAAAAAUAUUGUGUGACAGAAUUGUAGAAAAAAAUGUAUUAUUUGAUAAAUCGAUAGAAUGAUCAACGAUAAAUUAAUGUGCGUCAUGUGAUAAGAAGCGAGUGUGUGUAUUUAUUCAUCACAAUGUGAAUUAAAUCAUAGUUUAUAACGAAUGAAUUACGCGAUAAGAUUACCGCCAUUUUUUUCAUUGUACGUGUAUAAUCGUAGAUUUGUUAACAAAAGGCCCUUUUGACACGAACGCAGAAGACUUCUAUUCUUCAUAAGCGUGACAUUAAAUGGCUUUAGAGUUACAAA